AUGACAUGGUCUAUUGAGCAGAGUGAAAAAAUAGAAAAUUUUUGUUUUUUUGAAAAUUUGAAAAAUGAAAAAUUGUAAGCAAAAGUAAAUUGUGACAUGGAUAGUGUGUUAAAAUAAUUUCAUAGAUGCUUAACAAUAUUGAACAGAUUAAAAUCUUAGUAAAUGAAUAAAAAUAAAAUCUGAGAGGAUUUGGGAAACAGCAUUAAAAAAACACUCCAAAUACAAUUAAUUUCAAAGGAAAAUUAUCCAAAUAUAAAUAUUAAUACUAUAUUUGAUAAGUAACUUUAACAAGUAAUUCGAAUAAUGCACUAAUAUAAGCAAAAUAAUUAGGCAAGCAGAUGAGCUAUUGUUUUAUUAACCACACUAGAUGGUGUCGAAAAACUCAACUUGUAAAAGACUUUUUGAUCCUCUCUUCUAGGGAUAAUGGAUUAAAAACUCAUAAGUAACGCAGUAAGCAGGUAGCACAGUUAUUAUAAAUUCUUUCCUAAAAGUUUAACAUUAAAAAAUCUAAAUUUAACACAAGCAAUAAUUACACUUUAAUCUGAAAUAGAGAAUUUACAAAACUAGCAUCUCAAGUCAGGAGUUUCAAAAUUGUCUCUUUGGUGGGUAUUUUGAAGUUCGAGGCAGCGUAGUAAUAUGUCGUAACUGUUGAUCAAAUUACUUGAGAAUAUGAAAAUAUCGUACUCGUUGACGAAGGAUGGAAUUCAAACUUUGCAUUUAUGAUAAAGUCUCAACUUGAACUCCAACCAAGUCCAAUUCUUUGGCUGUCUGUCAUGUUUAACAAUUUGUGCUUUCAAAAAUUUUUAUUUAAUCUUGCAAAACUAGGAUGAUG